AUGGGUUCUUACAAGGUUUUGUUCGUGUUGUCUUUGAUCAUUGCAGUUUCAUCAAUGAACAUCAAUUUCAGCUCCGCGGCUCGUCAUCUUUUGCAAGCACCAACCCCUCUACCAGCAGUUCCUGGAAUACCUGCAAUUCCUACAAUCCCCCCGGUUACACCAAUCACAUUACCAACUACUGGUCCAACUAUAUUGCCUACUAUUCCAAAUUUGACAUUACCUCCUUUGUCUUCCAUUCAACAAACAAUUGCAUCUUUAUUCCCUAAUGGAAUCCCUUUCCUCAACCCUUCGUCACCUUCUGCAACACCAACUGCAUCGACGACCACCACUACUACUAGUCCUUGA